UCAGGGUCCUGACGCUUACACCGCAGUAGGUUUGACCCGCGGUUGUUUGUUUUUGACAAAAACAAUAAUGGAAGGACACGUUUGCAACAUCCAGGUGCUUCUCCGGGCAGCUGAGUUUCUGGAGAGAAGAGAGCGAGAGGCAGAGCACGGAUACGCCUCGGUCCUGCCUCUCAGUCCGGAUCCCUCUGACAAGAGGAGCAAACAGAAGAGCAAGAAGAUAUCUGCUGGUGGCAAUAGGUCAGUUCACAACGAGCUGGAGAAAAACAGGCGAGCUCAGCUGAGGCACUGCCUGGAGCAGCUCAAGAAGCAGGUCCCUCUGUCAUCUGACUCCAUGAGGAACACCACCCUCAACCUGCUGAGACGGGCCCAGCUUCACAUAAAGAAGCUGCAGGAGCAGGACGAGCGCGCGGAGCAGCUGAAGGGCCGCCUGCGCUGGGAGCAGAGGGAGCUGCGGGUUCGGCUGGAGCAGCUGCAGAGAGGCUCAGAGAGGAUGAGGAACGACAGCCAGGGGUCCACCAUGUCAUCCGAGAGGUCCGACUCCGACAGAGAGGACGUGGAGAUCGAUGUGGAGAGUAUCGUGUUUGACUGUGUGGACUCUGACGGACUGAGCAUUACACACACUGAUGCAGACCACUGUUACUCCAGCAUGGACAAGGCCUGGCUAUGACAGCAGCAAAAGCUGCGGUAACGCAUUUGCUGUCACCAGGUGGACGGGAAGAGGAGAAAACAUUCCAAAAAACAAGCAAGCGGAGGACGAGGCUGUAUGGAGGAAAGUUGUUACUGUACAACUGAACACGUUUUUUGUAAAAAAAAAAAAAAAACUUUUGACACCCUCUUUUCCAAAUAUGUCAGACUACAAGCUAAACGAUAAUAUUAUGAAUGAGCUGUGUCCAUUUGCACUGAAUAGCAGUUAAAAUCACUGGGCUGGAAUGGAUGUAACAUCACGCAUACAUAUUCUCUGGCAUCAACCAUGAAUGGCGUUUCUGUCCAAAGCCAUGAGGUGUCCGUCACUUCCACCGAUUCAAACUGUUCAGAAACAUUCAUCUUUCAGGGCUUUUUAAAAAUCCAAAUAAGGGCUUUUUAUUCAAACUCUUAACUUAUUCUUUUCUACAGUAUGUCUAUACUGGAGUCUGCCUUAAAAUCAGAUUUGGUUUUAUAUUCCGUAGAUUUUCUUUAGCACUAAGUUCAGUUUCAAUAACGGCAUGUGUAGCAUGCACUUAUUAUUAUUUUGUAUUUUUGUCCUACUAUGUACGUUUAUUCAGACAUUUUGAAUUUUUUUUUCUUCUGUUGCACAACACGUCCACACAUUGCACUUGUUUUGUCUCUAAAAGACUUCGAAAUGAAUACCGUGAACAGACAUUAACUGGUCAUAUUUGCACAUUUAUAUCUGGCAGUUAAGUAACUGUGCCAAAUAUACAUUUGGUCUGUUUGUGCACAAUUCAGUCUGUAAUUAAGUGCAAGAAUUUUGAUGCUUGUAUUAGAGAGGAAUUGUGAGAACAUAUGGAGAGAGGUUUAAUGACAGUUUAAUUCACUGCUAAUGUUAACUGGUAUGAUUUCUUAGAAGUGUUUAUCACAGCUGUACACUUCAUUGCUUCUAUGUUUGUCAAUAUAAAUCUUAAUUAUGCAUGCAACAAAUUCACCAGUCAGGCAAGUAAUAUCUACUUGUAGUAAUUAUGCAAUAUAUGCUGUAUUACAGGUAUGUAUCAUAUUCAUUGCUAUAUAUUUAAAACUGAAGGUGCUUUUUUUUUUUUACCCUUCUUUUAUAUAUGCAAGAUGCCUUAUUAUCUUUUAAUAUUACGUAUGCAUUCAUCUGUCUCUCCGCCCAGUAAUAUUAUGUAGCAUUUUUGUACUGGUGUAAGCUUUUUUAUUGAAUAAAUAUUUUCUAUAUUUA